UAAUCCAGGCCCUAAGUGUAUAAAAUCUUGUUAAAAACUUCAUAAAAGCAUCCUGUUUAUGACCAUUACAGCUACAUAUGCAUUACUGGUCAUGUGAAUGCAGUUUAUUUGUGUUUGCUUAUCUGUGUGUGUUUGUUUGAUGGCACAGAGGCCAUGCAGCAGUUACAGCUUCAGCUCAUUGAAUCGGACCGUCGCGUCACCAGCUACAUGCGGAAGUACAACAAAAUGCAAGCCGACUACCACAACUUGAUUGGGAUCACUGCUGAACUGGUUGACUCACUGGAGGCCACUGUCAGCGGAAAAAUGAUCUCCCCCGAGUACCUGCAGACUGUGUGUGUUCGCCUGUUCAGCAGCCAGAUGAGGCAGAGCAUGGUGCAGAGCACUGACUUCACCAGGCCCGGCACAGCCUCCUCAAUGCUGCGAGCCUCCAUUGCACCACAGAGGUCUAAGGAAGUGCCAAUGCUACCCUCACUGGACUAUGAGAAACUGAAGAAAGACCUUGUUGAAGGUUUAGACCGACUCAAGUCUCUGCUGCUUCAGGCGUUGCGCUGGAGACUAACUCGCUCACUCCCUGGUGAGCAGAGAGACACAGUGCUCCAGGCCUACAUCAGCAACGAUCUGCUGGAACGCUACAGCACAAAACAGAAAACUGUGCUUCAUUUAAUUAGGUCGAAGAACGAGAUUGUCCAACAGUACAUGGCUCGUCUCAUCAAUGCAUUUGCUUCCCUUGCAGAGGGUCGGGUUUACCUCUCCCAAAUUCCCAUUCUUCUGAAAGUUUUGACAGAGGCACUCAGGAAGGAGGAAAAAGACUCCCUGACUAGAGAGAAUGUGCUAGUGGCUCUGCAGAAGCUCAGCCUCAGGAGGAGCCAGCAGACAGCUAUGAUAGAGGAUGAUCUUAUUGGCUGGCUGGUGGAUGAGCUACACAACUCAGACAGUCUGAGUGACUACACCCUGGAGUAUUCUGCAGCUCUGCUUAUGAACCUGUGUCUGCGAACAAAAGGAAAAAGGAAGUGUGCAGAGAAUGCCAAGCAUGUGCUGAAGGUUCUAACUGACCUUCUUGGACAUGAGAAUCAUGAGAUUCGACCAUAUGUGAAUGGAGCCCUUUACAGUAUCCUGUGUAUUCCCUCUGUGAGACAGGAAGCCAAAGAGAUGAGUGUAGAGGAAAUUCUUCGCUGCUAUAGCAAAGAGGAGAACCCAGACCUCAACAGACAGAUUGAAUUCAUCAUUAAACAACUGAACUCAGCUGAGGAAGAGGGACCAGAGUCAGAUGAUGAAGAGGAAGAGGACGACAAUGAUGAGGAUUUAAUGGAGACAGACCUGGAUAAAGAGGAAGUCCUCCAGCCACAGCCCAGGGAGCUGUCUGGGGAGAGUCUGCUCACCACUGAAUACUUGGGAAUUAUGACAAACAUGGCAAAAGUGAAAAGGAAGUCAACCCCUCUGCCACAACCGAGUGUUGAUGAGCCCCUACAACGGCCUGUCACACCAAGCUCUCAUCGUAAUGUCAAUGCAGUGGAUUACAAAGUUGGCAGUCAGAGAGGUGAUGGUAACAGGGACAUGGAAUACCCUCUGAGCAGACAGAAGAGUGAGGAAGGAAGCCUGCCUACUUCCCGAUACAACUCCCGACCCCCCACACGCUCUGGCAGUCGCCCCAGCACUGCUGACUCCCUGCGCCACAGCAUCGACUCAGAAUGUGGCCGGUUGUCCCAGGAGUCAGAGUUGGACAGACUGUAUGAGAGCCGAGCCAGAAAAGGACAUUCCCAGGAGGAACACAAUGGACACUCUGCCAGCGGUGAUUAUAUCCCUGCGUUUGAAAGCCAACCCAAGAUUCCCCGGACACCUGAUGCAGCAGCCAGCCAGAGCAGCCGGGGUCGAGGCCCGGCUCUGGCACCCCAGUUUUCCCAGUCGGAGCCACGGCAGAGCAGCCGGCCAGGCUCUGCCAGUUCCCCAGGGGGAGGGGCACAGCAAAGUGGAAGCAGUCAGUCGAAGCGGAGGUGAAGAGGGAACUGUCACCAUGGAGUAGCUCUAUCUCCCCCGGAGCAUCAGGCUUCCUGUAACAUCAUCCCCCCAGGUUGUGAUCAGGGUCAGGGCAACAGAGAUGGUCGAGAAUCAGCAGCGGGACGAGGAGGAGGAGGGGCUGGUACAAUGUGAAGGAUUGUGGCCCUGCCUUUUUCCCCCCUUUUCGGCUUCAGCACAGACUUCUGUAACAUAAUAUGAGGUCAGACAAUAAUCACAGCUCCCAACGCUGUGCACCUUGUAGCCUCAUUUGGCCUCGAAUUUCUCCACUCUCUCAUCCAGGUUAUAGCUGGAAAAACUAAAUAUGUGCAACAUCCUACAGCCGUGACAUAAUUGUUGUGUUACAUGAUGCUGGUGUUCUGACUCAGAAGUGUAGCCUUCAGUUAGUGAUCACCUUUUUCUUCAUCUGCCCACUGGCCUACCAGUUUUCUGACUUGAGCACGUCCCUUUCAUUAAAUCAGUAGUUCCAUAGAAAACAUCUUAAGAGAAUGGACCCUAUUCAGAUUCAUUCGCACCAAGGACUGGGCCAGUGAGUUUUUGUACAUAUCAUUCAAAAACAAAUAAAAAGCUAAUUUUUUGUUCUCAACUUGAUACAUAAAUCAAUAAUCCUCUGAAUUUCACUAUGUACUCUAUAUGUUGAUUUUUGACCAUAGUGGAAAUAUUCGUCCACAUGAAUAAAUGAUUGUACCAGCUUCAAAUAUAUAAACAUUAGCUCGUAUCAGAGUAGCUGCUCUUGUUUAACUUAAGCUUCAGAGACGUUUACAAGAACUACACAGGUCUUGACAUCACUUGUCGGACUAGUGCAUGUUUUUAAAUAAGAACUGCUUAUUUCUAUUGAUAUACAUCAUACAUACAACAUCUGAGAAAAACUUGAAUUUUUGUGAAUGUCUUAAAUCAUUGUUUGUAUUGUAAAUUUGCACAGUUUUCCAGUUGCUGUGAUGUAUAUUUGUUAGCUGCUACAUUUUUGUUGUAAUGUAUUUCGAUAGUGAUUGAAUUUUAUAUUUCUUAAGUGAUUUUAAAUAAAUG